UGAAAUAGUAGGGCUUGCUUGCUUUCUACAUUUCUUACCAAACCAAAAUCAAAGCAGACUACCAGAGCAGACUAGACUGUGUGUUUGGUUAAAGCCAGAGAGAGUGUGUGUUAGGUUGAAGCAAUUCACGUCUCUCUGUUGGUGUUUGGGGAUGAUGACUCGCUCCUCUUCACGUCUUCACUCUUUCAUCAAACUCAAUUGUAAUCUCAUCACCAACUCUGUAAGAACCCCUCUUUCGUCUUCCCGAUUAGGUUUAGAUUUCAGUCCUCACUCCACUUCUUUACCUUCUCUUCUUCACUCCACUUCCUUUUCAAAUGAUGGGGAUCGUCCACUGUUAUCUAGGUAUCAAAAAGUUACCAAAUUGGAUGAUGCCUUUAACCUGUUUGAUGAAAUGAUCCAGAGAAAACCCCUCCCAUCUGUUGUUAAGUUUACUCAGUUGUUAAAUGCUGUUACCAAAUUGAAACAUUUUUCUUCUUCCCUUGACCUUUUCAAACGAAUGUGUCUCAUUGGAGUGCCUGUUAACGAGUACUCUAUCAGUAUUGCAAUCAGGUGUUGUUGUCAGAUGUCUCGCACCAAUGACGGUUUUGCACUCCUAGCUUCUUGCUUCAGGCGAGCUGUUGUACCCGAUGUCUUCACAUUUAGUACACUCUUAGAUGGACUCAUCCUAGAAGAUAGAAUUAUUGAGGCUGAGAGACUCUUCAAGAAGCUCAUCAAACAGAAACUAUGUGAACCUGAUGUAGUUAUGUAUUCCACUAUGAUCAAAGGGCUUUGCAAGUUUGGCAACAAUGAUAUUGCCAUUGCUUUGCUUAGGCUCAUGGAUGAAAGAGGCUGCAAGCCUAAUACUGUAGUAUAUAACACCAUCAUUGAUAGUCUCUGCAAGGACAAAAUGAUAGAGGAUGCUUUCAAGCUUUUCAAUGAAAUGGUAUUUGCCAAAGGCAUUCAACCAGAUGUCAUCACAUACACCUCUCUGAUUUAUGGCCUUUGUAACUUGUGUCGUUGGGACGAGGUCUCUAAGCUGCUAAAAGAAAUGGAGGAUCUAAGGAUCUCUCCUAGUUUGCGAACCUUUAACAUAUUAGUCGAUGCGUUUUGCAAGGAAGGUAAGGUGAAUGAAGCGGAGGCUGUUAUAGACAUCAUGGUUGAGAGACGUGUGGUUCCUGACAUAGUGACAUACAAUACACUUAUCGACGGUUACUGUCUACGAGGUGAAAUGACCAAAGCAAGGAUGCUUUUUGAUUCACUUACAUCUAAAGGUCGAGUCCCUAAUGUGCUUACUUAUAACAGUUUACUAAACGGGUAUUGCAAGAGUUUGAAAGUAGAAGAGGCCAUGCGUAUGUUCCAUGAAAUAACAAGAAAAGGUUUGAAGCCAAAUAUAGUCACUUACAACACCAUGUUACAGGGAUUGUUUCGGGUCAGACGUUGUGGAGCUGCACGCAAACUCUUUGAUGAGAUGCGAUCACAAGGCCUUAUUCCAGAUGAAUGCACUUAUGGAAUAAUAUUAGAUGGCCUUUGCAACAACCAUCAACUUGAAGAGGCGCUCUCUUUGUUUCAUCUAGUUGGUGAUAGCAAGCUAAAUUCUAAUAUUGUGGUGUACACGAUCCUUAUUGAAGGUGCAAGCAAAUGUGGGAAGCUUGAUAUUGCAAGGGAUCUUUUCCAAGACCUAACUCUAAAAGGUUUGCAGCCUAAUGUUCGGACAUAUACCGUGAUGGUUAGUGGCUUGUGUGGGGAAGGUUUACUAAAGGAAGCAAAGCACUUGUUUCGUAAAAUGGAUGAGAGUGGCUGCCCACCAAAUAGUGUUACUUACAAUGUUCUUCUCCAAGGAUAUCUUAAGAAGCAGAAUUACGAUGAUGUUGAGAUGCUUUUACAGGAAAUGGAUGGAAGAAGGUACUCACUUGAUGCUUCAACUUUAUCGAUGUUGAUUGAUGAAAUAGCAGCUGGUUCAGUAGAUAGAAGGAUGCUUAAAUUGAUAGGUAAGCUUGUCCCAAAAGAAAUGAUGGAUACUAAUGCCUAGAUAACAAUCUGGGAGAGAGACUGAACUAGUUAUUGUUGGUUUGAGCUAUUUGUACCUUUGUAGGAUGAGAAAUUAAAAUCGGAAAUUUGUACCGAAUUAGUUCUGGUCUUUACUUGUGGUAUAUUAUAUAUACUUCUAAUUUACAACAUACUUGUGCAUAUAGUUGUUGUAAAUUGUGCAUAAAUUAUGUUAACUGCUUUUCUUUGUUGAACCCUUAGCUUAGAAAAUUGUACAUUACUUUUCUAUUUUGUCCCGUAUAUUCAUAUGCCAUAUGCCUCACACCAUAGCCACAUAUGAUGGAGAGAGAAGAAACAGAUCGUAUGUAUGAUGGAGACUGGAGAGAUGAGAGCGAUAGAGAGGAGAAAGCAGUAGAGCAAAGGGAGCCAAAGGUUUCACCAACCGGUUACGUCGGCACCGAUGUAGCAGCGGUGGUGUUCAGGUUUCAACUUACACAAUGUCGUCGUAUUGGAACGCCAAAGGUACAUCGUAUUCAACCAGCUUCUUAUGCGAAUCUCAGAUCUUCUUCUUCUUUGAAAUCGAAGAAUCUAAGGUUCGCCGUAGUAGCUCCGGUGUCGGAAUUAGGGAUUCCGAUGGUAACAAGGUAACUACCGCACUCUUCGUAUCUAUUUUACCCAUUUAAAAACUUGCUUUCACAUGAAGUUAUAAAAUUGGUUAUGUAAUUGUUCUUUGAUUUGUUUAUUAUUCAUUUUAUUGUGAAUUUUAGCUUUUUAAAUAGGAUCGAGGCUUAUUUAGGUGAACUUUUAAUUUGGGUCAAUCAUAGUUAUAUUUUUUUACUAUAUUGUUAUGCAGAUUUCCUUGAAAAGUUUAUAUUUUUGGUGUUCUUGUCAUUGAUUUCCCUACAAUUUAUUGUGAAUUUUAGGUUUUUAAAGAGGAUUGAAGCUUAUUUAGGUGAACUUUUAAUUUGGGUCAAUCAUAGUUUUGUGUUUUUUAACGUAUUAUUAAUAUUAUGCAUAACCCUUUCUUUCUUAGUUUCUUGGGCUAAGCUUUGACUUGUCUUUUGCCUAAACCAGUCCAAACUGUUUGUCCUUGUCUCGCCGGCGCAACGCUCGAAGAUUGUUUGGUUUUCCGCCAAAAUGGAGAUAGGGCCAGCGGUUAGUUUUUUUUUUUUUUUGCUAUCAAGUCUAAGUUAAUACAUAGUUAAACCGGUUUGACACCUUAAUUACAUGGUUUAAAGCGUGUCUAGACGCGUUCGACCCAACUAAUUCGUGUGAAACUUGUUAUAGUAAUCGUGUUAACUGUGUUAGUAGUUUCACACAACACGUUUAACCUUUGUAUUAAAACGACUUAGUUUUGUAACGUUUGUAAAUAAGCUUAGAGGAAGUAAUCUGAGUAAAGUGAAGAAGCCGCCAUUUGGAUCAGCUUUUAUAAGAACCCUAGAGUUGAGUUUAGCGGAACGUUUUCUAAGUAGAUCAGGUAAAAUCAACAACUUUGAAUCAGUGAGUUUUAGCGGGUAUCAAAAAGAUUGAUUCACAAAUUAGUUUCUUUCCCGGUAAGAUCAGUUAUCAUAAAUUUUCAAAUCGUGUCAUAUUUGGUAAUUGGUUUAUGUAAAUCUUGAUUGAUUCCAUUGUAUUCUGGUAGUGUAUCUAUGUUUCUAUGUUACAAAGUGCUUUAUUCAUGCGUGAUUCUAUAUCUUUUUUAAGUAUAUUAUGGGUUUUUUUUUUUAUUUCAUUAUAUGGAUGAACAAAUGAAUAGUCAAACCUACAUCAACAAAAUUGUUGAAAGUGCAGUUUGUUAUUCUAAAUUCCAUGAAAAUAUGUGGAUAUUGAGAAGAGGAAGUUGGAACACUUGGAAAUGGAAUCGAUGAAGAAACUGUUGGCAGCGUCAACAUUCAGGGAGGCCAGAUGGCAAAUUAGCAAGUUAAGACAUUUUGUGUGUAUUUUUUAAAUUUUGUUUAUUGUAGCACAGAUUAGCUAUGCAAUGGGAGGCAUAUAUAUGCAGUUUUUUUUU